AUGUGGAGGGAUCACGUGCUGAAGACUGUCAAUCUGAAGGCGCCAGGGGAGAAUGCAUUUGCUUUAAUCAAUGGUGUGAUGCAAUUGUUUCUUGAGUGUAGGACAGUAAUUUUUAAGUAAGCCUUAAUUGCGUUAUCGCCAAAUAACCAAAAGUUCAAAACACUUGGAUACUGUGCUAAAAUUUCGAUUUAAAAUACAAAGUUGUUACUUAUGUAGCAGUUGCAAAAAUAUGACAAGCCAUACAACUACUUCAAAGUUUCAACCUGCAAAAAUGGACAAAAGUGAUUACGGCUGCCACUUAAAUAUCAGUUAACGCCAUGGCGUUAGAAACUGUAGCUCCACCCAAAUCAGAGUGGCCUAAUCGUAGAUUAUGAAAAAGAGCCGCAGGUAAAAGAAGAUAUUGCCACAGAAACUACACAAUCACAUCAGGUUGAAACCCAGAUCAAGGAUUAAGUUGCCAGAGAAAAUGAAAUCACAAUUAAGCACGUUACCCGGAGUCUAAAGGUUUGGGUCCUUACAUGCAAAGCUUAGCCUUUGGUCAUUCUCAACAAACAUUAUCCAGCAUUGACGUAUAAAAGACGUUGCUGACCUUGAAAGCGCAUCCUCAAGCCUUGAUUUGCAACGCAUCAAUGUACUUCACAAAGAAAUUGAGGUAAUCUUGAUCAACGCCGGGCAAGCCUUCAAUUUCGAGUUUCGUUUUCAAACUGAAGUAGAAACAUGUGUGCUGUUGGCUAAAUUUAGUUUAAUUUUUAUCAAUAAGUUUUUCAAAAAAUCUGUGGUUCUUAUUUUUGAUAAGUUUUUGCAAGAGUGCAAAAGUGUCCUCUAUAGUGUAAAAAGAUGAUGUCUGCUCUCUUUUCAGUGCGUUCUCUUUACUUUAGAGCUCAUAGUACCCGACUGCAAAUCAGCAAUCAGCAUUGAUCUGCCGAGAAAACAAACAAUCUCCAAAAAUAGCCGGCGGCUAUCAAAAUUGCUUCUAAAAACGUUCCAAUUUCACGUGAACCCCAUUCUCAACGUCUUCAUGAACAACCAUCUCUUUCUCUGAACUCUCUAACCUACCAGUUAUUACUUUGGCCUUUAGACGAGGUUAUCAACGCAAAACGCGUCGCAAUUUCCAUAAACCCCGCCCCAAAGCGGACUGAUUUUAGGUGUGCUGAAUGCGUGUUCAGACCCCAUUUCUAGGCCUGAUCAUCCUGAUCCUGGCUGUUUACUCCCUACUUGUCUACAACAAUUGGCAUUUGUGGCUAGUAGAUUACGAUAAAGCGGAGAACGGGGCCAAGCAGGAGCUGAUCCGGCUGGCCAAACGGGUCAAAAUCCAAGAGGACAAAAAGAAGAGUAAGUGGCAAAAAAAGUACGGUGGCAAUUUUAAUAUAAAUAAAAGUCAAAAAUUUUUUGUUUAACUAGCAGGUUAAGGAACCUUGCAUUUUUUAUAAUUUGUCUUCAUUUGCGCCACGUUUCAUCAAAAUUUGAAAGAACUUUCCUUUUUCCUAACUUUGUUUUCGAAAAAUUUGAUUUUACAGCUUUCAUUUCGAAUUCCAACUACCCUAAACUGGCCCUAAAACACUUUGACCUUGACACUCCGCUAAAUUCUAAAUUCCUUCCCUCGGUAUAACUUUUCUCAUGACUCAUUUUCCAUCUCAUUAUUCUUCUUUUAUUCAAACCCAUGAUGAUAUAAAAAAAACCUCCUCAAGAUUUUGAACUGCAUAUUUUUACUCGAAUUCAUCUGAUUUUAUCCAAAACCGAAUCCAUCAGUGACGUCGCCACCUGCGACGUCAUCGAUGGACAGGUUUUUAGGCGACGAACGUUUUUCGAACGGGCGUGGUUUAUAAUUUUAAAAGGCGAAUUUUGUUAUGAAAAGUGUUAUUUUGUGAUAAAUUAAGGCUCGUCUCAGAGGUAACUAGUGAUGCUUUAUUAGGUUUUUAUCUGAAAAUGCAUAAAAGAAUAAAAAAAAGUGUUUAUAGGGUUCCCAGAACGUGAAGACAUCUUUGCGGCCUUUUCAUUGGACCGAGCUCAAGUUGAAUCGAAUAAAAAGGCUAGCGAAAGCGUUGGACUUAACAAAUUUCAAGGGUAAGUAAACCUAAGCUACAUAAAAUAACCUUUUUUUACAACAUGUUGCAAUAGUUGUAAGAAUUUUUUGAAUAGACGUCUUAUUUUACCAUUUUUUUGUAUCCCUUUUGAGACGUCAAGGAUUCCUUUUUUUAAGCCAGAACCCGUUACUUCCUUGUACUCAGAGUGCAUUGAUCAUCAAAUUGUUGUCGCUGUAGCCUCAUUACGCUUUUAGACAUACCUAGUUUUCUGUACUACUCUUCCAUCACGCUUAAUUUUUGUACUUUGUCAUCCUGACCCCCCAACCUAUGAUAAGGUGUAUGUGUGGCGGCUGAUCCCCAACUUAUUCAGUUUUUUUUUAAACUGUAAGCUGCUUAAAUCCCAUACGUGAUCAUCACCAAAUUUCCGACUUUUCAAAGCGUCUGUAUUAGGGCACUUAUAAUCGCCAUAUCAGACGGGUAUAUAAAGUAAUAUUUAAGACAGAAGAUUUUUUAAGACCUGUCUCUUGGUUGGGAUUGCGGUUUAUUUAAGCGCAUGUGGUAUUGUCGACACACUGAAGAAGUUAUAUUCGAUAUUGUUUCAGAAAAUGUGCUCAAUUCGACGUGUUCAUGUUCCCGCCCCCACCGAACUCCUCCACCUGGACGCGAGCCAUCCAACAGGGCCUGCACAAUUCGCGAUACCGCACCGAGCGGGCGCUCGAUGCCUGUGUUCGCAGUGCCGCAAUCGACAAUCUCGACCAGUUUCGGUCCGCGCCGUCCCGAGUCGCGCCCGAGGAUAAGAUGGUCCUCUUUGUGCGAGAGCCGGGCAAUCAUUUCCCAUCGAAUUUUAUGGUGUUUAGCCAGCAUACAUUGUAAGUUUUAUUGCCUGGUUACGUUCAAUAUACAACAGCAGAUCCUAAAAAUUAAAAAUUUCACGUAUUUAGCCAUAAAUCGCCGAGUUAUGGACAAAAACGUCAAAUUUUAUGCCUUUUCAGAUCUAUUCAUAAAAACGUAAAAGUAUAUUUACUCAAGAAAAAGUAAAACGCGCAAAUCGUUUUAGAGGUCCUAACGGCGUUUUCCUCGACAUUCCAGCCAUAUUUAACUCAUCUCAUCUACCCGAUCUCGACUACUUUAAUCCUAAUGUAAGUCCAUCAAAUAAUUUUUUAAAUAUAAAAAAAUUUUUUUUAGUACUUCCUACAAUUUCAUAUCCCCAAUGCCGAUCGUAAUAAAACUAUUUACAAACCGAUAAUUGAAAAAUGCACAACAAAUUCUACCUAUCAUAAUAUAAAAUGCUCGCUUACUCAUGAUCCGGACGAUAUUGAUGCAAAGCCAGGUAAGGAGGGGUAAAAUACGUCUAAGUUUCAAAAAUAUUCAUUAAUCAUCAAAAAAAUUUCAGCUAAAUUCACUCUGAUCACCUACUCAGAACCCUACAACUUCCUGAAAUCUCUCUACUUAUCCCUCAAAGUGGGCUCCAUCCCAGUAAUAAUCGCUGAAAACUACCGUAAUCUCCCUCUAUCUGAUAUGAUUGACUGGUCAAGAAUUCUCCUCAGACUUCAUCCUAAUCGAGUCUACCUUUUAUUUGAAUUUCUUCGCGAUUUAAAGCCAGAAAUGAUCAAGAAUUUGCAAAGGAAUGGGAGAUUCGUCUUCGAAAAUCACUUGGCUGAUAGUCAUGGUAAGAUAGACUUAACGCAGUACUAUGUAUAUAAUAAUUUCUUUAGUUCUUGUCAGAGCUGUCUUGUCAGCAGUCCGAUAUCGGAUGCAAAUUCCAGCAUCGAUAGAAAGCCACGAAGUUGCGAAGGAAUUUUUUACCAACGUCCCAAAGAAUUAUAUCGUUAAGGAAAGAGUGAAUGAUGAUAGACAAUUGAGCAGCGUUUUGGUAAGCGAUUUUUUAUAGCAUCUAAUACAAGGUAUUAGCCUUUUAAAUUAGGGCCUAAACAUUAUUUAAAAAAAUCAAAUCUAGUUUUAGUCAUCGCUUUCGACAUUUUGAGUAUUUUUGGUUACACAACUUGGAAACUCAACCUUUCUCGAUCCAUAUUUUAAAUCUCCGUGGCUUCUGCCUUGAUUGGACUAAUUUUCCAGCCCGGGUUACUGUAUUUUUUUUUUUUUAUUUUUUCUUCUUUUAGAAUUAUCACUUUGCCUUCAAUACCAACCCCACUUAUGUCGAUAAGCUCUCAAAAUUUGACACUCUCUAUGAACCCGUUUGGUCAUUUUCUUCAUCUUCUACUACGACCGAGCAAUUUACCAUCAUCCUCAACGCUUUCAAUCGAGAUGAACAACUUUUUGUCGUCCUUCGAAACCUAAAUGGUUUGAAGUACCUUAAGUCAGUCAUUGUGGUCUGGUGUGAUCCUGCUCGAGAGCCGUCAGAAGGCAGUAAAUGGCCGCAAAUUCAUGUGCCAGUUCACUUUGUUCAAGCCAAGGAAAACUCGUUGAAUGAGAGGUUUCGAGCGUUGGAUUUGAUUGAAACUGAGGCUGUUUUUAGUAUGGAUGAUGACUUUGAAGUGGAUAAUGAGAUCAUAGAAUUCUCUUAUCGGUAAGUGGUCGUUUUAUACGUCACAAAACUCAACAGCCCAUAUUUUUAUUAACGAUAAAGGUUUCGCUGUUUUUGGCCUUAUUUUUGCUAUUUUUCUCAAUCUCUUACUUUUUUUCUCUAACCCAAGUUUAAUUCCAGGGCAUGGCAAUCCAACAGAGAAACGCUGGUUGGUCCGAAUUCUCGUCUCGCCAUAUUUAAUCAACAGCAAAAAUCAGUCAAAUAUUUGACCGAAAAUGAAUGCAUGUACAAUAUAAUCUUGACGAGUGGCGCCUUCUUUCAUCGAAGUUAUUUGACCGCCUAUUGGGAUGAAAAAUACGCAGAGGUCAGAGAAAUGGUCGAUUCGAAGAAAAAUUGCGAGGACUUGGCGAUGAAUUUCCUGAUACAGCAUUUGUCGCGGAAAGGAGUCAUCAAAACAACAAAUCUAUUGAAAAGCAGGUGAGAAUAAAAGUUCAGGGUCAAGAAAAACUAAACCAGGGAAAUCCUAACCCUAACAAAUCAUGAAUUUUUCAGUGGUCGCUUUGAAAAGUCGUCCAAACUUUCCCUCCGAUCCAAACAUCUGACUGAUCGAAUUGAAUGCCUCCAAUUCCUUCGGAAAUUCUAUGGUUACAAUCCGCUUAUAACUUGGGAAACCCGCAUCGACUCGCUGCAUUAUAACCAUCCGGAUAAUUUAAAGUGCUACAACGAUGUCUGA